UAGUGCACCUUUACGCUGGUCACCGACCACCGGAAGAAGCAGAAACCGAAAGCUGCUAGCAGAGCUAGCUUGUUGUUGUGGUGUGUGAGGAGAACAUUUGAGGCUCUGCAGUAAAAACGUCUUCACUUCAGUCUCUGGGAGAGUUGAUCAGCUAAAGCGACUAACUGGUGCUGCUGCUGCUGCAGAAAUCUUCUCACCAGGCUGUGGAAACUUUCUUCUCCUCCUCAACAACUUGGUGGAGUUCUUUCCAGAACCAGAGAAGAUAUUCUGCGGUCUUCGUGACAAUCGGAGCUCCAGAAUCAGGUGAUGGGUCAGAAAAGCUUUUCUCUAGACUUCCUGCCCUCUGGAUCUGCUGCUGUUCCUUUGGCCAGAACCAAAGCGUUGGAUCUUUAAUCUCCUGCGUUGUUCUGAAGCAGCAUCUUAAUCAGCUCUCCUGCUUUGUUUCUAUUGCAGCUGUUAGCUAAACACGGCUAAAGAAAACCUGCUACCACUUCAGCAUCAUCCAUCAGCAUGGACACAGAUGUUCAACAGCUGGUGCUGGUUAAAGAAGAAGCUCCUGAGGAACAAAGUGCAGGUGUGGACCAGAAAGACCCAGAACACAUCCACAUGAAGGAGGAACAAGAGGAAAAGUGGACCAGCCUGGAGGGAGAGCAACUCCAUUUGGAGGAGAAAACUGAUGCUGCCAGGUUUCCAUUCACAUUGGCUUCUAUAAAGAGUGAGGAUGAUGAAGAGAAACCACUGUUCUCACAGCUUCAUCAGCAGCAAGUAGAAGACAAAGAAGUUCCAACCAGUAGCUCAGCUCACCAGAUGACAGCAGAAACUGGUGGAAGAGCAGAACCUAGCAGGAACCAAGAUCUGAACCAUCAUGAACAGACAUCUGAUUCUUCAGAAACUGAAAUGAGUGGAGAUGAUGAAGAGGGUGAUGAUGUGAAUCUAGACUCUGAGCUGUCAGACUCUGGGUCUGAAACUGGAGAAGAAGACAGUGACUGGAAUGAAAGCAGGUCUUCUGAUUCACAUGUUAGGACUGUCAACAAGUCCUUUAGCUGCCCUGAGUGUGGUAAACAAUUUCUCCACAAGAGGUCUCUCCAGAAACAUGUGAGAGUGUCAGGUCAUUCAGCAAUAAUGUCUUCAAGCUGUUUGGUCAAAAAGAAAUGUGUUAGAGUGAAGCAACAUGCAGACUCAUGCAAAAAAGUCCAGAAAGAACUAAAAUCAUUUAGUUGUGAUGACUGUGGAGAAAGAUUUAGUGCAAUGUGUGAUUUAAACGUUCACACGAGAGUCCACACAGGAGAAAAAUCUUUUGCCUGUGAGACCUGUGGUGAAAGAUUUAGCCAAAAGGCAGCUUUAAACAAGCACAUGAAAGCCCACACAGGAGAAAAACCUUUUGCAUGUAAGCUCUGUGAUAAAAGAUUUAGCCUUAAGACACAAUUAAACAGUCAUAUGAGAGCCCACACAGGAGAAAAACCUUUUGCCUGUGAGCUCUGUGAAAAAAGAUUUAGCCUUAAGAUACAAUUAAACAGGCACAUGAGAGUCCACAGAGGAGAAAAACCUUUUGCCUGUGAGACCUGUGGCCGAAGAUUUAGUAGAAAGGGAGAUUUAAACAGUCACAUGAGAGUCCACACAGGAGAAAAACCUUUUGCCUGUGAGACCUGUGGCCGAAGAUUUAGUGGAAAGGGAAAUUUAAAUAGUCACAUGAGAGUCCACACAGGAGAAAAACCUUUUGCCUGUGAGGUCUGUGGUAAAAAAUUUGCCCACAAGGUAAGUUUAAACUAUCACAAAAGAGUACAUACAGGAGAACAACCUUUUCCCGGUGAGCUCUGUGAUGAAAGAUUUGACUAUAAGACAGCUUUAAACAUUCACAUGAGAGGCCACACAGGAGAAAAACCCUUUGCCUGUGAGACCUGUGGCCGAAGAUUUAGUCAAAAGGGACAUUUAAACAGUCACAUGAGACUCCACACAGGAGAAAAACCUUUUGCCUGUGAGACCUGUGGCCGAAGAUUUAGUCGAAAGGGAAAUUUAAACAGUCACAUGAGAGUCCACACAGGAGAAAAACCUUUUGCCUGUGAGCUCUGUGGUCAAAGAUUUAGCGAGAAAUAUGGUUUAAACAGGCACAUGAGAUUCCACAGAGGAGAUAAACCUUUUGCCUGUGAGCUCUGUGGUCGAAUAUUUAGAAAGAAAUAUAGUUUAAACAGUCACAUGAGAUUCCACAGAGGAGAAAAACCUUUUGCCUGUGAGCUCUGUAAAAAAAGAUUUUGCCUUAAGACACAAUUAAACAGUCAUAUGAGAGUCCACACAGGAGAAAAACCUUUUGCCUGUGAGUCCUGUGGCCGAAGAUUUAGUCAAAAGGGAAGUUUAAAUAGUCACAUGAGAGUCCACACAGGAGAAAAACCUUUUGCCUGUGAGCUCUGUGGUCGAAGAUUUAGCGAGGAAUAUAGUUUAAACAGUCACAUGAGAUUCCACAGAGGAGAAAAACCUUUUGCCUGUGGGCUCUGUGGUCAAAGAUAUGGCUAUAAGACAGCUUUAAUCAUUCACAUGAGAGUCCACACAGGAGAAAAACCUUUUUCCUGUGAGCUCUGUGGUCAAACAUUUAAAUAUAAGGCAACUUUAAACUAUCACGUGAGAGCCCACACAGGAGAAAAACCUUUUGCCUGUGGGCUCUGUGGUCAAAGAUAUGGCUAUAAGACAACUUUAAACUAUCACAUGAGAGUCCACACAGGAGAAAAACCUUUUGCCUGUGGGCUCUGUGGUCAAAGAUAUGGCUAUAAGACAGCUUUAAACUAUCACAUGAGAGUCCACACAAGAGAAAAACCUUGUUGCCUGUGAGACCUGUGGUCAAAGAUUUAGGGGCAAGACAGUUAAACUGUCACAUUUGAGUUCACACACGACACAAUGAAUUCUUUUGAAAGUGAUUGAUGGAAAAAAUCCGAUCUACACACACACACAGAUAUAUAUGUGUGUGUGUGUGUGUGUGUGUGUGUGUGUGUGUGUGUGUGUGUAUAUAU